AUGAUGGCCUGGCCGGAAGAGCCGCAGCCGCGCAACGGCAACGGCGGCGGCGACUGGCCCGACGCCGAGCUGCUCGAGUCCGCCAACUUCUACCCGGUGGACGGCGGCGACGAGCGCGCGCAGCACGGCGCCAACAACUUCCUGAGCGCUGCCCAGGGCCAAGGCGUUCCGCAGGCCGGACUCACGUACUCGGCGUCCUGUCCGUCCUUCUCGGGGCUGGACGACGCCGACGACCUCAUGGGCGGCGCGAACGCCGGCAACGGGCUCAUGUCCUUCCCCUUCGGCUCGCAGGAGCCGCUCAUGGAUGCCAUGGGGCCCGUGGAAGACGCGCCGUUCCCCGGGGACAAGAGCUUCGACAUGCUGCUGCAGUUCCAACAGGACUACCAGGACGCGUCGCAGCGCCAGUUCCCGCACCAGCAAGUGAUGGGGCCGCCCAUGGACAUGGUGCAGCAGCAGCCGCAGCCCAUGGCCGGAGGACGACGCGGAUUCCACGGCUCCCAGUCGUUCACCAGCUUGUCCAGUAUGGAGUCCGAGUACAACCGCAUGAACGCCAAUAGUAAGCGGAAGAAGGGCUCCGAGCGCUGGAUGAAGCUGCAACGCCACAAGUCGUUUGACUCCACCACGCCCAUUUCCGAGCCUUUCAACUUCGACCCGAAUGCGACCUUUGGUGCCGCUGCUUUGAGCUCGUCGAACCCCACACCUGACCAGCUUCUGCAAGAACCGCCCGACAGCGACAUGAUCGGAUUCUCUAUCGACGAAUUCUCAAUGCCAUCCGAUGACCCGAACUGGCCCCCGGUCGCUUACGGCUCGGCGCCGAGCGCAAUCGGUGGGAGCUACAUGCAGCAGGCCCACCAGAAACGUCACCAGCAGCAACAGCAGCAGCAGCUUCAACAAGCUUCAUUGCAGUCGAUUACUGACACCAGUGCCGAUAACUCGGUCUCCUCGUCGGCGGAGGUUGAACCGGCAUCUGAGCUGGACAUGCUCCUAUCAGAGAACGAGCGCGCGAAUCUGUUCGAUGCUAUCCGUGAUUUCGAGUCGCCUGGUGCUACGAUUGACCCCAUCGACGCGCAGCCUUCGCCCGAGCAACCACCUCAGCAACCAAACCAGGUGCCGCCACCGAUCGAAACGAAGGGACAGAGCGGUACUCCAUCGAUCAGCAAGAAGAAGACGACGGCUAGCCCUCCACUAUAUCCUGGCACCCAGAAGAAAAGCCCGCAUGGAGCACCGCGGCAGCUCUCAUUGGACUCGUCAUCUUCAGCUCCUCCCGCGGGUAUGCCGCCGUCUGGAUGCGUCCCCAUGCGAACACGUUUGCACCAGAUUUUGAUUCAUUCCGUGCAAAACUCGGACGCCGGAUCGUCGCUAUCGUCUUACGAGCGUAACUACCUGAUGCAGUCGCCGUUGUUUUUCCCAGCCAAAGCUCCCGAAACCGCGGGAUCACUGUGGCUGCUGCUGCAUUCUGCGCAGUGCGAAAGCGGAUGUGAGAUUAAUGGUUGCAGCGUUAUGCGUCGCGUCUUGAAUCACUGUCUGGGAUGCGAGUUGAUGGUGGGCAAGUGCAAGCAGCCGUGCAACGACGCGAAGGCGAUGCUACUGCACUACGGCUCCUGCAACAGCAAGGGCAGUAUGCACGGCCGGUCAUGCUCAGUGUGCUGGAACCUGUUGGAGAUUGAUUAUUCCCACCAAGCGCUUAACAACGGCAAUGGCGGACGCUCCGGUGGACACACUCCGAUGAACACGCCGUCUUCGUUCGUGUCGACGUCGCCCUCCCCGCACAUGGGUACUUCGCCACUCGUGCCGAUGCCCAUGAGCGGAUCCCCCGCGUAUCGGUCGCCAUCGAGACGGUCGACAAGUAGCUCUGGCUCAUCGACCAAGCACGUGCCCAUCCAGCCCAACCCGCUCCCGACGGCAUCGAACCCGAUGGGACUCAUGGGCGCCCUGCCUCCCCACUUCGGGUACUCGCUUUCGUUGUACUUGGAGCAGACGUCGGCCCCGUUCCGCGCGGAGGUCAAGUCCCGUGUCGAGAAGCGCGUGACGGCUGCUGCAGGCCAAGACUUGCUGCAGCACAUGCAGAAGAAGACGCGGCUGCGUAGUCUGGACGACCUCCGCUCGGAGGCGCGGACGAUCGUGCUGGGCGAGAUGGAGCGGGAGCUGCACCUCCACAUGCAGGCGUACAACUGGGCCAACUCAACCGCCGGCGGCAGCUUGCCCGAGGGGGCCUCGCAACUCCCUCCGUACCUGCUCAACUUCUCGGUGGCAGGAUUCGGCGCGUUCCAAGCGCAGCAGGCGGCGUUCCAGGCAGCCGUGGCCUCGGGGUCGUCGCUGCCACCUGCUGCGCCUUCAACUUCGCCGCCGGUGGCAGCUCGGCGAUCCGGGUCCUCGAAGCUGGCGCCAAGCGGUAGUCCGCCCAAGGUUCCUGCGUGCGACAAGUAA